CAAAUGGAGCGCAAUUAUUAAAGUUUAUGAUAAAACUCGUAUCCACAAUAUAAGAAAGGAGAUUCCCACUGAUAACUUGCAAAGAAGACAGAGUAUGAAGAUGGUCCCGCUUCAUCCAAAGACAUCAACUUUAUAUCUCUUUGGCUUUCUUUGUUUCUGGAUUUUAUCAUGCACAGAAGCUUCAUCAUCUCCAGAAGCACAGGAUUCGGAUAAGAUAGAAUAUUUGCCUGGCCAGCCAAACAGCCCUUUGAUCACCCAAUACUCUGGCUACAUCACAGUUAAUGAGUUUCAUGGGAGGGCCCUUUUCUACUGGUUCUUUGAGGCUCAAUCUCAACCUUCCAUCAAGCCUCUUGUCCUCUGGCUGAAUGGAGGACCUGGUUGCUCAUCGAUUGGAUAUGGAGCGGCUUCAGAAUUGGGUCCUCUUAGAGUUAAGGAAAAUGGUGCUGGUCUUGACUUCAACAAUUAUUCUUGGAAUAAAGAAGCCAAUUUGUUGUUUGUGGAGUCUCCGGUCGGGGUUGGAUUCUCGUAUACAUUCUCUAAUUCAACAAUACUCGAUGACAAAUCUGUUGCUGAGGAUUCCUACACCUUCCUAGUUAAUUGGCUAUAUAGAUUCCCACAGUUCAAGAAGAAUGACUUCUUCAUAGCAGGAGAGAGCUAUGCAGGUCACUACGUCCCCCAACUCGCUGAUAUUCUUUUGGAGCGAAACAUGCAGUAUAAUGGAGCGCCCGGGCAGCUCAUAAAUCUCAAGGGUUUCAUAGUUGGGAACCCAUCAACAGACAACUAUUAUGACCAGAGAGGCUAUUUAGAAUAUGCAUGGAGUCAUGCAGUAAUAUCAGAUGAAGAGUAUGAGCUGGCCAAAAGAGAGUGUGAUUUUUGGAGCUAUAACUUAUCAGCUAAAUGCAAUGAUGCCAUGUAUACUUUAUGGGCUAAUUAUCAGGAAAUUGAUAUCAAUAACAUCUUUGGUCCUAUAUGUCUUCCCAUGAAUUCUUCAUCAACUGCUCAUAUCAACAUCUUGGAUAAGGAAAGGAUAUAUAAAAGGGGGAGGAUGAAGCCAAUGGUCCACGAGGCUUACGGUGCCUGCUAUGUCUCAGAUGCAGAGGAUUACUUCAACAGGAUUGACGUUCAAAACGCUUUACAUGUGAAUAUUACCCAACAAAACUUUACAUGGAAGGGAUGCAGCCGGUCAAUACUUGGCUCAUACAAUUACUCAGUCUCCUCGGUACUACCAGUUUACAAAAAGCUAAUAGAAGGUGGACUCAGAAUUUGGAUUUACAGUGGGGAUGCUGAUGGUAAUGUACCCGUGCUUGGGACAAGAUAUUGGAUAGAAGCUCUUAAGUUGCCUCUCAAAUCCAUAUGGCGCCCUUGGUUCCACAAAAAUCAAGUAACAGGAUGGAUUGUUGAGUACAAAGGGUUGACGUUUAUGACCGUGAAAGGGGCAGGUCAUCUUGUACCUCUCUAUAAACCGAGUGAAGCUUUGGCUCUCGUACAUUCUUUCUUGUCUGGUGAAGAACUCCCUAUAAAGAGAUGAUGCUGAGACUCAUGUGAUGCACGCCAUGACAAUCUAUUAUGUGGUUGCUAUACUUAUUGACCAAUUUAAUAUCUAUAUACUUCAAUAUCAAAAUAUAUAUUUAAAACACUAAGCUAUAUAUCUU